AUGUCGGGCCGUGGCAAAGGCGGUAAAGGUCUGGGCAAAGGAGGGGCGAAGCGCCAUCGUAAGGUUCUACGUGAUAAUAUCCAGGGCAUCACCAAGCCGGCUAUAAGGAGACUUGCGCGUCGUGGUGGAGUGAAGCGCAUAUCCGGGCUUAUCUAUGAGGAGACUCGUGGCGUCCUCAAGGUCUUCCUCGAGAGUGUUAUUAAGGACACGGUAACCUACACUGAGCACGCUAGGCGUAAGACGGUGACGGCUCUCGAUGUGGUUUACGCGUUGAAGAGGCAGGGGAAGACUCUGUACGGCUUUGGUGGUUGA